AUGAGCGGACGUCUCCUGGCCGCUGGGCUUUCGCCCUUGGCGCGACGCGCUCCAGUCCAAGCCGUACGACACUUCCAUCGAUUUCCCGCAGGCGGUCUUCAGCGAGCUGAUGCAGCCGUUCGGGCCACCCAGCGCCGUAUGUGGUUUCCUGGUAAUGCCUUCCACAACGCUGUCAUCGUGCGGAAUGCAUCUUUCGCCCGCUUUCUGCCAAAGUUGGUCGUCAAGUUUGCCAGGAUCCCCGCCAUGUUUGGCGGCCUAGCUGUAGGAACACUCGCCUGGAUUCAGUAUCAAGCCAACCAGAUCACCAAUAAUGCUUGGGACAUGGUUACCAAGACGGCAGAUGGCGUUUCGGAGACCGCAUCGAGCUUCUUCGGAGGGGCGAAGGGCAUUGUAGACCAAACCAUGCGCGGAUGGGAAAACACGAAAGAACAAAUCGAGACGCCCGAAUGGCUGCAGAAAGUCUUGCGUAUCCACGAGGAUAUUGGAACCGGCGGAGGCGGGUCUGGGGCCCUGGAGGGGAGCAGCCUAAACAGAGCAAAGCGGGUGCGGCCGUUGUAG